AUGGAGCAUGGGGUCACCAUCGAAGAUGCGAGCAACCACGCGCGCUCGCUUGUGGCGUUCGAAGAGAUGCUGGAGUUCCUUGUGAUUCGCUUGUCACAGGCAAGCGACGCCCUGGCGCUUCCCGGGGAAGAAGGGGAGCUGACCUCGGCGUUGCGCGAGCUGUCAGCCCUCAUGAAUGGCCUGGCUGAGGACGUGGCCAUGGAGAGCCCGGCGCACCGCCGAGCUCUGUUGCGGACGUCCCUGCCGGCGAGCCUGAGGGCGAUGCUGGGACAGACGUAUGCGGGAGAAUCCGAGGGCGUGGUCGCUUCCGUGCAGGAGGCUCUUCGGAGCGUGGCCCGCGCUCUGGCGAAGGUAUUGCCAGUUACGGACGGCGCAGAGCUGGAGGGCGCGUGCGAGUCGCUCGUGCUGCUGCUGGACAGGCGGCAGGCGUUUUACCGACACACGGGGGUCCCGGGGGGGGCGGCGGUAGCGGGCGUGGAGGGGGCUGACCUGAUGUCGGUGUUGUCGGAGGAGGACUGGCGGAGAGGGGUUGGCUUCGCCGAUUGGGUUGACGCGGUGAGUUCCGAGAGCACUGCAGACGUCCGCCGCUGGAGACGCGCUCAGAUCGUAGAGGAGAGCUCCACCGGCCGACUGCGCCUCAGCUUCGACGGCUUGUCGGAGUAUCAUGACCAGUGGGUCGGUAGGGACAGCCCAAACAUCGCUCCUCCUGGGACCCGAUCGGGACAAGAGGUGGAGCGAUGGCGGCAGGCUCUCCAGCGCGGGAGCCUGGUGGAUGCUCUGGACCCUAACAACACGUGGACCAAUGCCACAGUCAUGGACACCAGAGAGCGGAUGGGAGCGCCGGUUGUCGUUGGCGUGGGGCCGAUGGGUGGCGACAGUGCUGACAAAGGGCUAGACCUCCUGGUGAGCUUCCGCGUGUACCACCCGGACGGAGACAAGGAGGAAGCGCUGCUGCCCGAGAGGCACGCGCUCCUCGCGGGAGAGACGGGCCAGGACCCCGGAAAUGCGGUCGGAACGCUGGACGCGUCACCCGCCGCCCGCCGGGAAGAGGAAGAAGCGAUGGCUGCGGCGGCUGCUACCGGCGGGCUCCGGGGAGACGCGCCUGGAGGGGGGGUAUUGGCCGAUCCCCUUGGUGCGGAAGGCGGUGGUGUCGCUGAAGCCGUUGUUGAUGGUGUCGCGGCGCCGGCGGCGGGCGGGUGGGGCCUAGCCGGCGGGAGGGGGGUUGCCGGAGGCAGCGAUACCGUUGGCGGGGGGGCAGAGGGCGGCAGAAGGGGCCGGCGGUACUUCGGGCUCGCGUCGAGGGACGAGUGGAUCUCAGCCUCCAGCGCCCGCAUAGAGAAGCUGAACUCUAGGGCGCCGUGGAAGAACUCUUGGACGGAGGAGGCACCUGUCAACGACAAGGAAGACCCGUAUCUCACGGAGGACGGGAGCCACCUCGUGUUCGCCGUGCCGCGCGCUCCAGUCGACGGUGCCCCCUGCCUGGUGGCCGCCGUAAACGCCUUCGGCCGAGCAGGCGGUUUCGAGAACUUGAUCGUGCGCCUCUCGCCCCCGGCCCUAGAGGAGACCCUCCCCGCGCCGCUCGCCGAAGCCCCGCUCCCGCCAGCGCCCCCUUCCACAAACACGCCUCCCGACGACACCGAAAACCCGACCCCGCCUUCACCGCCGCGGCCUCCUGUCGCCGCGGACGAGGGUGGUGUGGUUUCUUCCGUCACGGCGGCGACGGAGGGUAGCGGCAAGAAAGUGCCGGCGCCGGCGCCGGCGGUUCCCCUGGAGGCUCUGCGCAGCGCGCUUGUCGCCGUGGCGUCGGUGCGGCCUCUGCUGGCGAGGAGGGUGGCGAGGGCGGUCUUGGGGCGGACGGCGACGGCUGUCUCGGCUGCGUUGAAGGGGGCUUCGGACUCGGAGCUCCGCGGCUUGUCGCGCGAGCGACUGGAUGGGAUCGUCAACGGCUUCCGCGAGGUGUUGAAGAGAGGCCACAGGAGCAGUGAGGCAUACCGGCGCGUCGAGUGGUUGCAGCUCGACUUGGCUCUCAAGCUGUACAGUUGUCCUUUCAUGGAGCGGAAGCUGCAAGGCCUCAAGGUCCUGGCGGAUGCGGUGGCAGCCGCGGAGACGCCGAUUUCUAGCUCCAUCUCGCAGGGGAGUUCCCCCGCACUCACUCCACAGGAAUUGGUAGAGUGGCUGGACGACAACAAUUUUGUCAAGGCUCUGUUCGCGGGUCACACGCAGCUGAUACGCCGGAGCGGCGACGUGGUUGGGUUCUUGUGCCGCGAGAGAGCGCUGACGGGGGGACACGUGGACAUCAUCUGGGCCGCUGGCGGUGGAGGGCAGGACAAGGACCGAAGAAUAUGCGUUCACGAGGUGCUUCGACCGUUUCUGUAUCAGCUGGACAUGGCGCUCUUGGAGAGGCUUGUGGACAAGCUCAGGGUGCAACCGCCGGACGAGGUCAUCGAGGACACCGUGACUUUCAUCAGAGAGACGGCGGAGGCUACCCAGCAGGGCGGCGCGGCACCCGCCAUCCGGUUGUUGGACCUCCUGUGGGCAAUGGCAGACGACAGGUCUCCUUACCGUCCGCGCAUCAAGGCCAACGCGGCGGAGAGCAUUCUGCCGGUGGCAGGGCUGCGUGGACUCAGGGGCCACCGGGCGCAGACCCUGCAGCGUUGCGUAAAGAACGUCGAGGAGGGCCGGGCUGUUGUCACUUCGCUCAAGGUGUUGGAGGCGGUUCUGCAGAACUACCCUAAGGACGCCACGAGCUACGAGGUCUUGUCUAGGCGAGACGUGAUACACAACCUCGAGGCUGAGAGCGGCUUGACGGAGCUUCUCCUGAGAGAACUGGAGAGUUACGUCGCCGGCUCGAGAAGUAGCACCCUGCCGGAGGACACCAGCGACGGCAGUCUGGCUGCCGACCACAGCAACAACCCUCCUUCGCCUUCGCCGGUGUCGGCGGGUCCUGCAUCAACCGCGGCGGGGGUACGCAGCCUUGAGAGGAGGGGGGGGUCCGACAAGAACGAUGCCCACCUUGCCCAGGUUAAGGCCCGGCUGCACACGUUGGAGCACGUCUUCGACAACUCUCGCCUGGUGCUCAGCACGGAGCAGAUCAAGCGCCUCUGGGCGUGUCUCGGGCCCGGCCCCGGCCCCGGCCUAGCGGGGGCGACGCCUGGCGAGGUUUCCACUCUUCUCUCUUGGUUUUCCAAGGCGUGCGAGGCGUGCGAGGGGGAGGGGGGGGGCGGCAUGUUUGAGCCCGGCGUCGCUGCAGAGCUAUUUCAGGAGCUGAUCGUAUCCGACGGAGAAAAGAGAGACUUCGCAGCCACGAGCGCCAGCCCCGAGUGGUUCUCGUGCUUCCAGACGUUCUUCUUCAAGGUCAACCGGCAGUCGGGUCGCAUGCACGUCACGACUGCUCCCACCACCACCACCACCACCACCAGCCCACGCGCCGACGCGGCUUCGACAGCAGGCCAGACGAGGGGCAGGGGCGGUGGAGACGAUGCGGAGGGCAUGGUAGCAGCGACGGGGGACGGAGACGUGGGUCGAGACACGCCACCACGCGAUCCAGACUCCCCCCUCGACUUGGUGGUGAUACCGUCGGAGCUUUCAGGGAUGCGAGCUCUCUGGAAUGUCGCCCUAGAGGCUGAGGACGCGACGGUGGUGGACCAGGCCACGAGGCUUCUCAACCGAACUCAUCAGGAGCUGGCCCCGGGUCUGCGAGAUCGUGUCGGCGAGAUCCGCGAGGAAUACAUCAACACCUGCAUGGCCUACGUCAAGAAGGGAAACGACGACAGCACCGACUUGGCGGACAGCAACAACGACGCUCUUGCGACGACGACCACGCCUGGCGAGUCGUCUAAGGCCUCGUCACCAUCACCAUCACCAUCACUAUUGUCAGCGUCAUCGUCAGCGUCAUCGUUAUCGCUGUCGUCCUCCCGGCGACAGCGGUCCGUGGUGCGAGCCCUCCACCUGCUGGAAGAGUUUGUGGACGAGACGGAGAUGGGGGGCACCGUGUGGAUAAGGGGCCACGGGGCGAGGGUCAGGGGCGCAAAGGUGGUGCUCAACUUCGAAAACAAGGUGCCGGAGCCGAAUCGGAUGGCCUCGAGCUUCAAGGUUGAGAUGCAUACCAACAGCCAAGUCUGGGAGGUCCGUCGAAAGGUGGCCCACAGAGGCAAGAUGCCUGUGGAAGACGUCGAGCUGAAGGUCAUGAGCGGCGAAACUGGUAGCGGUUCGAGGAACGGCGGUUACGCCGGCGGCACUGAACGACGAAGCGUGGAAGCGUUGGAUCGGAGCAACUCCAGGCGGCUGGGAGACCUGGGCUUGCGGAAGGGCGACGUGUGGGUAGUCUCGAGGAGGACGGGGCCAGCGAUCGGACGUUCACCCCUCCUCGACGCCUCCGGGAGACUCAUUCCGAAAGCUCGAGCUAUCUUCGAGCAGUGGUUCCACAAGUUCGAGAACGCCCAUGGCGUGAUGGACCGGGUGGGCGCCGCGAGGUUUAUCGACAGCUGCUGCCAUGACCAGUGCAAGCCCACGGAUGAGCGGGUCAACAAGUUCUUCAGGAACUACGACAAGACGGGCGACGGUUACAUGCGGCUGGAUGACUUCUUGAGGCUCUUCAGGGACAGCUGCAAGGAUCUGCCGCAUGUGGUGUGGAGCAACCUCAGGGCGCACCACUACAGGGACGAUCUUACGAGGCCCAGCGUCUACGAUCCCGCUGCCACUAACACGGACGAAAGAGGGGAGGCGACUCCUCCCGAAGGCGACAACCCCUUCCGCCGCACCGCGAGCCAAUCCCAAGAACAAGACCUACCCCUCCCCCGCACCAUCAUCUCGCGGGACCCCCCCAGCGUGAAGAGCCUUCUCGGCGUCCUCUCCCUCGGAGGGGCCGCCGCCGCGGCCGCCUGGCGCUUCCUCAUGCGGCUCCCGACCAACCCCGAGAUGCUGGAGGGGAUACGCAGACUGGAAGGUUUCCGGAGCGGGGGUGGGGGCGGCGGUGGCGACAAGUGGAAGGCCUUGCUCGGUCCGCCCGGGUCGCACGAGAUGCUCUACACGCUGCAGAUCGUAGACGGGGUGUUGGACUUCUUGGCCGGCUCGGGGGGGUUGGGGGAUGGACCCGCGGGGGGAAACAAGGAGGCGUUUGCUUUGGACGGGCCCGAGAGUGUUCGAGAGAGUGUUGGAGAGUGGGAGGGCGUAGACCCCGAGGUUUGGGUGGUGGGUUUCGUGCGCAGCGGCGGAUUCUCCCAGUUUUGCGAAGCGAUACUCACGAGGGGGCUCUUCGGCGACGGUCUCCCCGAGAAGAUGGUGGACGCACAGCAGGCGUGCCUGGCCCUCAUGCUCAAGGUGGUCCGAGUUGUCCUCCUGGGUGUUCUCUCCAUCUCGACGACGGAAGGGCAGCUAGACACUCCUGCUGCUACCGCCCUGUCAGCGCCUAUCCUUCUCGACGAUUCAGAGGUGACGACAGCAGCAGGUGGCACCCCUGAAGGAGGAGGCGUCACCGCUGCUGAAGCGACCCCCAGCCUCCCGAACCCAGCGGGGAACACGCCGCCAACGGGAGAAGAUGCGCCGCCACUGUCUUCGCAGGGUGCGACCGGCGCGGUUGCGGGCGCCGCGGCCGGCGAUGACGUGCCGCCGACUGGUGGCGCAGAGGGAGAUGGGCAAGCUUCGCCUGGGGCCUCAUCAUCGUCCGAGGGGGGGGCGACGCGGUGUGGUUCGGUUUACGGCAGUGGUGUGGGUGUGACGUCCUCCGCCGACCCCGGGUCGCGUGAGAGGGCUUGCGGGCUGUGGGCGUGCUUGCCGAGGGACGUGACGGCUGCGGUGCUUGGGGCGAUGGAGACGCCAGAGCUGCAGACUCGACUGAUGGAGCUCGCGGGCGUGGCAGCAGACAUCGCAGACGCGAGUUCGCGCACCGCAGGGGGCGCCGGUGGUGUCCGGCAGCAGGCUGGCCCGCCCCGUCCAUCGGAGACCGCACCCGGCAGCACGGCCCCGCUGGACUUAUUCGGUUGGGUGGGAGAGGGCGCUCCCGCCGACGCGAUGGCACAGGAGGCGUUACGUCUCUGGGUGGGCGUGUCGCGGGCGCCGGCGAGGCGUCACGGGCGGCUGCCGCUGCCGUCGGUGGAACGGCGGGUGGAGGGCAGGCAGGGAGUUGCCGAUGAUGGGCGUUCCUCUACGACCGCGGGACCGGGGGCGGCGAUGGACGGGCCUAUCUUGAAGGCGAUUUUUUGCGCGAGCGACGCGAUCCGGCUGCAGCUGGCGCAGUCCCUGCUUUCGGUGUGCGGCGGUACGGGGGGUCCCGUGGGGAGCACUGGAGGCGAGGGUGUGGGAGCGCUGACUGCGGGUUCGUCAUCGCCGAUGGGUGGCGAUGUGCCGAGCGAUGAUGCCUCCGGCAACACUGAAGAGGAGACGGACGAUGGGGUGCUUGUGAGCCUUGGCGCAGGCGAAGGGAGCGCCACCGCCGGAACGGGGUCCCCCGCACCGGAAGCAGAAGCCGCUGCUUCGGCCGGGAUAAGAACGACCGACGGCCUGCGGGAGCACGUCGUGCGGCUGCUGCUCGCCAACAUGCCGAGGGCGGAGGGGGCGGGUGCUGGGCCGCGGCGACGGCGGCCGUCGGGAAGGAGGGACUGCACACAGCUGUUCGAUGUCUUGUGCUCUCUUGUGGAGGAAUCGAUCAAGGGUGCUGCUGCUGCUGCUGCUUCUUGUACGACGGAGGCCGAGCACGACCGUCUUCGCGUUGAUAGCCUAACGGCUGACGUGGUUGAGCGGUUGCUUGCGCACCCUUGCACGGAGAGGAGAGGCGCCAGAGAGGCCGACCAGGAUACCCUCCUGGUUGGUCUCCUGAAGCUGGAAGUUACCAUCGUGGAGGCAUGCCCAGAAGCUGCUCUUCGUGUGGGAGAGGGGCUCGUGGAAGCCCUCCUGGACGACUUCCUCUUCGCUCCGCCAGCCACGGCCAGCACAGCCUCUGAGUCCCUGGCGCCGACCCGACCCAAGUGCAAGACGGUGGCAUCGCGGGCCAUGGCCUACAAGCUACUGGCGGCCCUUUGCCGGCCGCGCUUCGUGUCGCCCGCUGAAGGCGGGCGGGGUGGCGAUGAUUCUGCGGCGGAGGGGAGUGGCGGCGCUUUCGACGUGUCGCACAACCUCCGGCUGCUGCUUGAGAAGGGGCUGAUCCCUCUGAGGCAGCUCUUGUCCAAGCCGGACGUGUGGGGGUACAGCCCGAGCCUGGGCGAGCGGAGCACCGUCGGGCGCGUGGGGCUACGGAACUUGGGGAACACGUGCUACGUGAACUCUUGCCUGCAGCAGCUCUUCAUGAUGGAGCCGCUGAGAAACGGACUCCUUAGCCUCGGGGAGGGUGACACCGAGCCUGGCAGCCUCGUGGGGGAGCUGCAGAAGCUUUUCGGGCACCUGACGAUCAGCGAAAAGCAGGCUGUGGACCCCCUCCCAUUCCUUCGAAUGGUAAAGGACCUUGAUGGCAACCCGAUCGACGUGUCGGUGCAGCAGGACGCGCAAGGGUUCUUGCUAGACCUCUUCGACAAGAUGGAGGCGGGCCUAAAGAACACCCCGCAGUCCUCCCUCAUGUCAACCUUCGAGGGUAGGCAGAUCACACAGCUCAUCUGCCCGAAGCCUGCGGCCGCCGCCGCCGCCGCCGCCGCCGCCGUACCUGAGACGACUGCCGCAGCAGCAACAACGGUAACGCCGCCCCUUGAGGGAGAGCAAGAGGUGGAGGAGGGUUUCGACAUGAGGGAGAGGGGAGAGGCGUUCAUGUGCGUAAGCCUGGAGGUUAAGAACAUGGUCGGGGUGGAGGAUGCCCUCGAGAAGUUCACGGAGAAGGAAAUGAUCGAGGGAUACGCUUGGGAUGACGAGCGGAGGGACGUGUCCAUAUACAAGAGGACCGUUCUAGGGAAGCUUCCGCCGAACGUGGUGCUCCACCUGAACCGCUUCAAGAUGAACCUUGACACCUUCCAGACCGAGAAAGUUAACACGCGAUUCGACUUCCCCACCCGACUGGACCUAGAGCCCUUCACGAAAGAGGGCUUGGCUUGGCGGGAGCGCGUGGAGGCUGCGGGGGGACGCGGGCCGGAGGACGCCAAGAGGCUUGGCUUGCCGGGACCGUACGAAGUCCACCCUCGGUCGUACUACACCUACGAGCUUCGCGGGGUGGUCGUUCACACCGGAACCGCAAACCAGGGCCACUACUUCAGCUACAUCCGAGACCCGAAGCAACAGCAGCAGCACGCCUCCUCCUUUGCCGAAGAAACGGUCGAGGGCAGCAGCAGCGGUAGCAGCAGCAGCAGCGGGUCGUCUCCCGCUAGCGCGUCGCAGCCUCCGGACGCCGACAGGAGCCCUUCUACAGCGUCGCUGUCUACGGACGGCGUCGGCGGUGGGGGUGAUGAGUCGAAGGAACCGGCGACAGCGGCCGCCAACGGAGGUACUGGUCUCUCGCAGACGGAGGCUGAGGGUGCCGGGGGGGUUGGUGGUGCAGACGUGGACGGUAAGGGGCCCCCGCAGUGGUGCGAGUUCAACGAUACCAUGGUGAAGGAGUGGGCCGUGGCGGGGCGGAGAGCGGGAAGCGAGGGGGGGGAGCGGGGGAAGGAGGACGGCGGUGGGAGGAUUGGCGGGCUGUCGACGGAUUGCUUCGGCGGGCAGCAGACCAUGCAGGAGACGGACGAGUACGGCUGGCCGCGCACCCUCCGAAAGGACAACAUCCAGAACGCCUAUCUUCUCUUCUACGAGCGUGUUGACCAAUCUUACGGCGCGGGUGCCGACACCGCUAGUCCGGAAGAGGAAGGGGAGGGGGGCUCUGGAGAGCGGGAUCCAGGCAACCACGGCGAAGAAGUGGCGGCCCCCGCUGCACCGGCGGAGAAAGCGGAAACGGGAGUUGGCGGGGUUUCCACCUCGGCAGCGGAGAUGGAGGCUGCGGCGGUGCCGCCUUCCGUUUUCCGACAAGUCUGGGACGACAACAACAAGUUCCUUCUCGACAGGCAGCUGUACCACCCUGACAUGUCUAACUUCGUGUUGGAUAUCAUCAAGGCUGUUCGACAGCUUGCCUCCGCCUCUCCCGCCACCACCGGGGACAGAACAAAGCCAUCGCCGGGUUGUCUCGCAGACACGCCUGCUGGCGCCCUUGAAGCGAAAUUACCGAGAGAGGUUCCGCCUUUGUCGGACGGUGUAGCAGUAGAUCUGGUGGAGGGGUUCUUGGAGUGGGGAGUGCGGUACCUUCUCGACAACCUGGCGCGCGCGCUCGACAACGACGCCUUUGCUCCAUUGGUGGAGGAGUUGCAGGGGCUGUACGACCUAAGGCCUGAAGCCGCGGGGGCUUUCCUCGACGCGGAGACGGAGGGGGGUAUGCAGGGGAUGCGGGAGAUGCUUCUGCUGUGCCCCGACCGCUCCGUGCGGGUGGCGAUGCGAGGUUUCUACCUCCACCUGCUCGGCAUUCUAGCGGGGGCGGAGGGGGACAGAUAUCUUGACUACGACGACCCUCCCCCAACGCAGCAGCAGCUCGACCCCUCCUUGUUAGCCGACCAAUCCGUCACCGAGGGGGGGGGCGGCGGCGCCACCGCCGCAAUCGCCGGAACCCCCACCGCCACGCCGACAUCGAGCGGCACCGCUUCUGCUCUGGAAGAGGGGACGGAGAACGCCCUGUGGCCUGCAGCAGGGGAUCAGGUGCAGCUCCAAGAGGAGAUGGAGGAGGAAAGAGGGCGGUCGAGCACGCGGCUGGGGAGGGUGGUGGCCGGCUGGGUCAGUCUGCUGCCCGACGCGGCCAGAUCUUGGGGACGGUUCGAGCAGUUCUUGGAGGUGAUCGAGGGCGUCGGCAACAUGGGGGACAGGGAGAGAGAUCUGCUGCUCAACAGGCAGAUGGUGUGCCGACUGGGCUCAUUCUUCUUGCAGGAGAAGAGCCCGAUGUACGACCCUCACAAGCGACUGCCGAGGAUGGGACACAAGACAGCGCCGCCACGCUUCUCGCCGCUGGUGCGCUGCUUGAGGUCGCUGCGCGCCCACUCCGGCGAGACUUCUCGGUGGCAGCCGAGGGGAUCGGUGCAGGUGGAAUCGGACACGGACACUGUGUCGGAUAGCGAGGGGUCCCGCAGUGAUGACAGCAUGAGAGCGGUCAAGUCGAUGCCGGUGGGGCCGGUGGCGGCCUUCCCAGACAGCGGUGCCGACGCUAUUAACGAGGAGGGCGGGCCCUUACCGUUGUCCCUGACGACAUCAUUGGCUCCGAUGGACCGCGAGACUCUAGAGGUCACGUCCGGCUCGCCUUCUUCUGCUGCAGCUGCAGAAGAGGGGGGCGAUGCAGAGGUUGUUGGGGUGGCGGGGGUGCGGGGCAGCAGGAUGACCGCGAAAGAGCGGUCGAGGAGCGUGGCCUUGUCUCCGGGUUGCCGACGGUGCCUGAACUGCGAGACGCUGUACGAUCUGGCUUUCGAGGAACACCACGCACCGGAGGCGGCGGCCGAGCUCAUGUGCGCGUGGGCGGCCGACGCCUCUAAGCUGCUGCGACCGCUCUCCCGACUGAUCGUCCAAGGGGUCGACAGCACACCCUUCGCCGAUGUCGACAGCUGGCUGCUCGCCCUCCGGGCUUGGCUCGAGGUGGACGAUACCCUCAAGGUGGAGCGGUAUCAGAUGGUGCUGGGCACGGGCAAGCAAGAGGUGGAGCCGAAGCUCCUCCUGCUGAUGAUGUUGCAGCAGGAAAAGUACGACAAGUGGCUCUUCCGCGUGCUGAUGGUCGUCUCGGAGUUGAUGGCCGAAAAUGCUGGCAUUGGGGCACAUGUCAGCAAGCUCCGCAGCCACGAGAUGCUCCCCUGGGCGGACUGGAUGACCAAGCACCUGAUGGACACAUACGACGCAUACGGCUCUGCGCUGGGCGGUGUUGGGCCGCUUCGGGUGAAAGAGAUGGACUUGAUCCAGAUCAAGGAAAACCUCAGCGCGUACGAGAAGGCCUACUUUGGCCACACGGCGGAGGAGCGUUUGGUUGACAUGACCAGGAGGGCCAGGAUCGGCCCUGCCGAGGGAGAGCCGGGUGUGACUCGGGUGGAGAGCUCCACAAGCAACGGCGUUCAGGUGGAGAUGCUAGACGCGACAGACACGGCCAUGAUGAUGCUCGGCGCUGGUGGCGGAGGGCACAUGACGAUGGCGGGAGGAUUUCCCCUCAAACGCUUCUGGAGGGUAACAAACCACCGGAUGGACAGCGUGACCUUCACCUUCAAGAUUGAACCCACGCCGUCACGGCUGGACACAGUCUACCCUUCCCGCCGCCCCAACUACCACGUCCCGGCCGGGCGCGACGUGACACUGCUCCUUAAGCCCAGAGAAACGGCGGGCAUCAUGGAAGUGGACAAGCUCGACCUCACCAGGGAGUUUCAGCCGCACCCAUUUAACUGGGUUUUCGAGGCGCUACCCGAGACACCAACAGCGACAGAGGGAGCAGCAACAGCACCACCGCCAGCAGUAGCAGUAGCAGCAGCAGCAGCAGCGGCAGGGGAAGCUGUUCCUACGACGGUCCUGCCCACGGCACUGACGGCGUCCGACCUCCUCGAGAAGCAAGCCCAGCUCGAGGGCGACCUCGGGGAGGCGGCGAGGGUGGCUCUGAAGCUCGAGCAGGAAGAGGCCGCCGAGGCUCAGGCUGCCGCGAUCGCCGCUGCCAAGCGAGCGGAAGAGCACGAGCUGUCCCAGGCGGUCGCCGCGACCGCCUCCUCCCUCCCCGUGAUCCCGUACGAGGUGGUGUCCAAGGUCAAGGCGGACGGAAUCUCGUCCUCCUCGGAGGGAAAGGUCGGAGACGCGGGGGCGGAUGAUGCCGGGCGGAGGGCAGGGGACGAGGCGGAGUUUUGGGCAGUCAGGGCAGAGGCGGGGCCACGGGUGGAAGACGAGGAGCACGGCGAAACCGUCCUGUUUUCUCAUGAGGGAAGUGGUAGUGCUGACGGCGGCGGCAGCACGUCGGCCGGGGAGACGGCGGCCGUUCAAGAUGCGGACACCGCCGAUGGGAGUCAUCCCGAGGACGACAGCAGCGACCACCGUGUGAACAUUUGAUGAGCUCCUGUAGUUUAGGACCUUCUCUGAAGGUGCGCGGGGGGGGGCGGUUAGGUGCCAAGGGGUCACUUUCCAGCCCUCGAACCGAAGAAGCGCAUUCUUUUCAUUCUACGAGUUAUUAACUCUGCGAAACCUUGCAUAUUGGUAGGCGUUGGUGCGUAAAUUUUCGACGACACGUUGCGAGCUGCGGCGCGUUUACGUUUUCAUGUUCGUUAGGAUAUAUUUCGUGGUUCGGAAGGAAAUACACAUACCGGUAGGUGUGGUCAUCAGCGGCAUUGUAGAGUUCGACGGUUGUCCCGUCGUGUUUGUCGACGUGCGUUGUGAGUGACGUCGAACGCAAUUUUGGUCUCCAGGAAGAGGUGUCUCUGUGCGUGUGCGUGUGCGUGUGCGUGUGUUUGUGUCCUAUUGAGAACUGAAGCGGCUUGAUUUUUCGUCCAGGUGUCUGUCUGUGUAUCUGCUCACGAUUUGUUUUGAAUCACAUACGUUUGUUUGCCGUUCAGCAUUUCCGAAUGCAGUAGUCUCCCUCAUCAAUGUCAGGGUAUUUUUUCAUCCAAUAUUUGGACUUGCCGUGUUUGUCACUUGCCCAUCGUCCGUACACACAAAUGGAGGAUACGCCCCACCCUACCCAAACAAAAGCUUCUUCUCUUCCUUGUGUUUGGCACUGACCACUGCCAUGACGAGACGUCCGUGCUCGAUGUAUCUACAGUACCUACAUUAGAGGGGCUUCGCCUCAUCUGUCACAACGGUACUCACGCGCUGGACAGACGGCUCCGUCGCUUCGAACGUGUGCUUCGAAAGAAAGAAACAACAAGAACGACCCACCCGCCGGCAGGCCGUUCGUUCCGUGCGGCGGAGCUCCUGCAGAGAUUGGGAAAAAACUAAUGCGGCACAUCGACGUGAACGGAUAUAUUGUAUUACCCCCCGACAACCCCGAAAACAUCCAGCUCUGCACCGCUGACACCACUAGACAACACGCCCAUGCAGACAGGCAGAAGUUGUUCUGAGCAAAGUUGUGUCCUCCAAGCGUCUGUUCUUCGGUCACCGG